AUUCCACAAACUCCUAAGUUAACUUCAUCAGAUUCCCUAAGAUGUGGACUUAUUUUCCACUCCAGGUUCACAGUCAUGCAAUAGAAGAUAAUCACUUCUUGCAUAUAGAUCAUUUGAUUUUUUUGCAGUCUGGACUCACUUAGGUUCUUCUGUUUACAGGAAUUUAAUCCUACAUCUCCCAAAAUAUAGCUGGCUGAGACACUCUUAAGGGCAUACUCUUGAUUCCUUGUGCUGGUAACGUGGAAAAGUCACUGAAGUGGCAAGUAAAAAAGGAGUUAGCUUUUUUAGUGUUUCAUUUAGAUACUCACUUGUUCAGAGAAUAUUACUAGAGAAAAUUUAUCAGACAAUGCUUCACACCUUGCAUUAAAGAAAAAAUAUUGCAGAGCUUAUUGUUCAAGGUGGGAAGUAGAUUUUCUUCUUGAGGUGUGGGUGAAAAAAGGGAUUUAGAUCUGGUGUAGCUCUAGGAGAACAUCUUGUCUUGGACACAGGUGUGACUUGCUUCUCUCACACUAAGUGAGGCUGAAGCAGGUCAGAUGUCUGACACGUGGCUUCACUCACACAACCCAGCACAGGACUGUGCUGCAACAGAAGCUGCUGGAUACUUCAAAUCCCGUCCCUGACCAGCUGAGUGAAUCAGCAGGGGUUUACGAUACUGACAUUUCAGCUCCCUCAGAUGCUUCUGAAUGUCCAGCUUCAUUCCCCAGUGAAGCAGAGAUGUUUCCAAGAAAUGACUGCCAGUUUGAAAUUGUUCUCUUGAUCAAGUUAACUGAACUUUCUGACAGUGUGUGAAGAUUUUCUUAUGUAGCUGAAAGGAUGAAUAAGUUUGUUUUCUCCUUCACUUGAGGAAUUUGUUCGAGAAAAUUUUUCCGUCUUGCUUACGCUGGUUCAUUUAAAAUUUAUUUCUUUAUUCAUGUGCUCUAGGAAAGCAUCGUUUCACCCUCACAAUUAGUAAUCUCAUUUGGUUUUGCUGCAGUAGAUGAUUGAGUGUCUGAUGUGAAUCAGGUUGGCAGUUUCCCAUUUCACAGCUUCCUGCAGCCUCCUGGUUGAUUGGUUUAUUCCUGGGUGAAAUGGAUAAUGGUUCAAAUCCUGUUAAUCCAAAGAGGUGGCAUUUAAUUUGCAUCAUGUAAGAGCUCUUCUUUGGGUACUGUUCCUGAAAACAAGAUGAAACAUGGUUUAUACAGCAAAUGAAGUUUAAAUUUCUGGACCAAAAACUGAGGACUUUUUUUUCAUGAAGGAUGGCAACACCAUAUGUUCCUGUUCCUAUUCCUAUUGGAAGUUCAUCAUCCAGCUUUACAAACAGAAACCAAAGAAGUUCUUCCUUUGGGAGCAUCUCAACAAGUUCCAGCUCCUCUAAAGGACAGCUGGAGGACUCUACAGUUGAUAGUUUUAAAAAGAUGAGCAUGCCUGACCAGAUUGGUUCCACAUCAUCUGCGUGUAGCAGUCCACUUGUUAGGACUAAAUUUACAGGUCUGGAUACAUCCAUAGAAUACUGUACUCAGCCUGUAGAAGAAAUAGAGCAGAAUGAAGAUUCUAGGAACUGGGAAGAUCGACCAUCCACACCUACUAUUCUGGGCUAUGAGGUGAUGGAGGAAAGGGCAAAAUUCACUGUAUACAAAAUAUUGGUGAAAAGAAGUCCGGAGGAAAGCUGGGUGGUUUUCAGACGGUACACAGAUUUCUCCAGGCUUAAUGACAAGCUAAAAGAUAUGUUUCCGGGCUUUCGGUUGGCCCUUCCACCAAAGCGCUGGUUCAAGGAUAAUUACAAUCCUGACUUCUUGGAAGAUCGACAGCUGGGGCUGCAGGCAUUCCUCCAGAACCUAGUAGCUCACAAAGAUAUUGCUAACUGCCUUGCAGUGAGAGAAUUUCUUUGUCUGGAUGAUCCUCCAGGUCCUUUUGACAGUCUAGAAGAGAGCAGGGCUUUCUGUGAAACUCUGGAGGAAACAAAUUACCGCCUACAAAAAGAACUGCUUGAAAAACAAAGGGAGGUUGAAUCACUGAAGAAAUUACUAACUGAAAAGCAACUUCAUAUCGAUGCUGUUGAAAGAAGAAUUAGGGAUUUAUCUUUAGGAAAAAUGACUCGUCAGAUGUCAGGAGAAGAAAGUGAGUGCAGUGGUGAGGUGGAGUCUUCUGCAGUAGAAGCAGACCAGGGUGCCCUGGGUGAGGACAGCUGCUCAGACAAAGAGAACCAUGGGCCGUGCUGGAGUGGCUCUUUGGCUGGAAGUUCUGUCCCAGAAAUUGAAGUUGCUGAAGUAGCCUAUACUGCGGAUGAAGAAUAGCUGAGCUGCAGCGGCUGUUACCUGGGAAGGGUUCAUGCUGAGGGUGUAUCUGUGGGUAGGAUCAUAGAGUAGCUGUGAAAAACUUACAGCAAAGAGCAAGAAUGCACAUAUUGAAUGUUUACAUAAAUCCUUACAAAUUUUUAAUGUAAGAAAUAUACCCAGUGCUGCUUUGAUUUCAGUUUUUAUCUAGCCCUUACUUAUUUAAUAUAUUGAAGUCUAAUAAGGGCUAAAAUCAGCUAAAGUUUAGAUAGUGUACAUAGACAAUUUGGCUGACUUUCCUAGCAGAAUGAUGAGAGUUUCACAUUAAAUCACGGAACACAUCUAACUCAUGCGUCAUAUAUUGCCACUGUUGUGACACAUUUGAUGUGUUCAUCUGUUUGGUAUUUGUGUUUUCUUAUAGCCAUAAAAUAAUGCUUGCUGAAGUAAAAAUGGACUUGUUUAUGUUUAGGAAUGGAGAAUGUGUUGGUUUUAAAUUCUAAAGUUGAAGAAAGUUUCUCUGGAAAUUUUAUGCAAUGCAAUAGGAAAACUUCCAGUACCGAGAAAAGUAGUUACGAAAUGGGAUCAUAGUUGGACAUUGUAAGAUGGUCAUUUUUGCUGAAAGAACUGAUCUGAGACCCCCAAAACACUGUGUAUUUUCACCCCAAGACAGCAUGCUGUAAUACUUUUUGUUCAGUGAUGCUGCUUUGAAAAUCUGGGAUACCUUUGUUAUAUACCCAUAUAACAACAAAAUCUGAAAGUUUGCCUUUUACUCAGAACACUACCUCUUACCACCUUGCUAAUGCAUUCGUGUUUGUUUAAAAAUAUUCCAGAUUAUAUGGAGGUUAUUGAAAGACUUGUAAAGAAGCCAUAUUUUUUCCUGCACAGCUCAUAACUAGAUUGAAUCUGGUUGCAGUGUAUUUUUGUUUCAAAAUAUUGUACACAUGGGGAUGUUGGUACCUAUGUUGUAUAACCUGUUUUUCAAAAUAUAUUAAGACAGGAGAUGCACUUUAUAAUUAAGACUCCAUUGUGCCAAGUUCAGUUGGCUAAUUGGUUGAGAAAUGGGAGUUGCAGGGAGAGGAUUAUGUAGUGCCUUUUUGUAUUUUACUUGUUCAUUACUGCAGAAUUUUGUUACAGUGCUCUGGGUCAGCUCUGUGGAAUCUUUGAUACAGCAUUUUUCUGUUCUUCACUUAUUUACUGAAAGUGCCUUGUUUUAUUAUGCUUUUCCAAUAGGAAGAAUGUUGGUUUGUUUUAUUUUUUUUCCUUGUAUCACCCACAUUGUUGUUUAGUGUUGUCAAUAUGCAGUGUCUUUGUGCUGGAGUUUUCAAAGGGAGCUUUGUACUUCAGGCUAUGCAUACAAUGACCUUUAUGCAGAACUGUAUAAACCUUUCUGGUGAAAUAAAACUGGACAAAA